GUUAACUCGACCGUUCGGGUUGUUCGCGGACCACCCUUUCAGCCAUUCUGAUUGGCUCUCACAGGGAGCUUCUGGGCGCCACCACCACAGACAAAAUAAUGCUAACAGCUGCCAAACAGUCGUUUGCUCCUCUGCUGGAAAACAGACGCCCAAAAAACUGGCUUAGGCUACACACACAGUAGAAAAAGUGUGUCGGUGUUUACAUUUAAAAUGUUGGAGCCAUCAACGGAGGAAAAUUGCCGACGAGUGAAACACAAGAAGUUUGGCCUAAUUGUUUCCAAAAAAACAAAUGUUGCUGUUUCUGUGGAAGGAAAACUGAAACCAAAAUCACAGCAGACUAAGAACUGUCUAAAAGACGAUAUUUUUCGUCGCUGUGAAAUAUUGAAGGAAAACUAUAAUGCUGAAAUAAUAGUCUUUAUUCAUCUUCCAAAUUCCGAAGAAACAACAACUUACUGUAAUGCAUAUGGUGAUGUUGCGUUGAAAAAUUUUUUGACGCUGGAUGACUAUGCAGAAAAGUUUUAUGAAAACUGUUGUAAUCGUUCGGAAGACACAACAGAUUCUUGUUCCAGACCUGAAAAAAAAACUUAUUAUGAUACAACUGGUCUUCCCGAUCAGUGCAAUAACAUCACUGAUACUGGCUCCAUUGAGUCUCCCCAGAUUUCAUUACUGCCAAAUUCAUCAGAACUUUUUACGUGUCAUUCUCCAAUAAAUUCCCUAUCAGUUCCACAAUCUAAUGCUAGUAAUAGGGCUACAGUUGGUUUGUCCAAGGGAAGCUCUGGUAAAGAUACAUCGGAAUUUCCUGAUCAAUGCACUACUAUCACUGAUGCUGUCUCAACUGAUUCUCCAACAAAUUUUGCUCAUCCCAUAGGUGAUUAUUAGUUCUUCAUUGUAUUUUCAA